GAAAAAAAAAGGUGGGAGAGGAGAAAAGUGGGAUUGUUGGUGAGGGUGAGUCUCAGUCCUCAGAGGUUUUACAACAUGGACCAUGAACAACAGGAAUGAGAAUGGCCAGAAUCAACACCCUCUUUUUCUGAUGUCAUUAGAAGCAAACAUGAAACAUGGCUCUCCUGAGAAAAAUUAACCGGAUCCUCCUGGGGCUGCUGGUACUGAUGGUGUGUCUCCUACUGCACAGUACUCUUCUCAGAGCCUCCGCUCGGCCCAAACUCUCAGAUCACUGGAAGAGCCUUGGAGGUGCAGCACAGGUUCCUGCAGUGAAAGCGUCCAAGGCGAAUAAUGUCAUCCCCAUCAUCAUAUGUGCAUCGGAAGAACGAAUCGGUGCAACCAUGGCAACCAUCAACAGUGUCUAUAGCAACACAGACGCCCGUGUGUUCUUUUAUAUUGUCACUCUUCGUGAUGCCGUGAGACUGACGAGACAGUACAUAGGGAGGACCAAACUGAAAGGCAUCAAAUAUAAGAUACUGGAGUUUAACCCCAUGGUUCUAAAAGGAAAGGUGAAGCCAGAUUCCUCUCGACCUGAUCUGCUACAUCCACUCAACUUUGUGCGCUUUUACCUCCCGCUGCUUGACAUCAACCAUAAGAGGGUGAUAUACUUAGACGAUGAUGUCAUUGUGCAGGGUGACAUUAAGGAUCUGUUUAAUAUCAAACUAAAGUCAGGUCAUGCUGCUGCUUUCUCCACUGACUGUGACCUGCCCUCCACACAUGAGAUGGUGCGCAGCAUCGGCAUGCAGACAACCUACAUGGGCUUCCUAGACUACAGGAAAAAGGAAGUUAAAGACCUGGGCAUCAACCCCAGAGAAUGCUCUUUCAACCCUGGAGUUUUUGUGGCAGAUAUCAGCGAAUGGAAGAAACAGAAGAUCACCAAACAGCUGGAGAAAUGGAUGGAGGAGAAUUUCAGGCAUAACAUAUACAGCAGUGCCAUGGCAGGAGGCGUUGCGACUCCACCCAUGCUAAUAGUGUUUCAUGACAAAUACACAACAAUGGACCCACUGUGGCACGUCAGACACCUAGGCUGGAGUCCAGACGCCCGCUAUUCAGAGAGUUUCCUAGAGGAGGCACGCUUGCUGCACUGGAACGGUCCAUUUAAACCAUGGAAUUACCCUGCUGUCCACUUGGAUCUGUGGGAGAGGUGGUUUAUCCCAGACCCCUCCAAAAGGUUCUCCUUAGUACGACCUGAGAGCAAUGACUGAGGUGACGCAGGUGGACAUAAAGUCUGUGACGUUCAGGACUUACUUGAACAAUGAUGGAGGGUAUUAUAGAAAAUGUACAGUGAGUGUAAUGCUGAGGAAUGUUCUAGAAACUGAAACAUGGGUUGAACAUACACGAAAAACAGUGUUGGCAGAGUGGGUGCUCUAUGUACCUUUGCUAAAGACACCAAAUGUGACAGAUAGCUGUAAAGAUAUUAGAGUAUUACUUGUAGGAUCAAUGUGAAAGUGAGAAAACUCUGUGUCUUUUUAUAGUGUAAAGCAAGAGACAAUAUGUUUCUGUGCUAACCUGAACUCCAGUUUUCACAUUGUCUCAUUUUUAAUGGCACUUUGAUAUAUUGAUAUCCGACACUGAGGGACAAUUAACAGCUGGCACUUACAACGAGAGGGGAUUUGGAUGGGUGUAACAAACACAGGACUUUGACCCAGGAGACCAGUUUCCGAGAUCGACAAACAACAUCAGUUGGGCAUUUGUGCAACUCAGAGUCGGGUGUUUUGACAUUUGUAAUCGUUUCCUAACCACAGCAUACCACCUCUUACCACUGACCCCUUUUGCAUUAAGAUACAAUUCAAAAGGCCGCCCCCAGCAUCAUUUUAGUGACUCCUGGGACUUAUGCCAAAGUGGCAAAAUAGGACAAGUGGGGAUAAGAUCAUGUUGAUCCUGAAAGUGUAAAAUCCUGACUCAAUCUGUCUGAUGAUGGGAAACAAGUACAACAUGGCUUUGUAAAGGAGAACCUCCCAGCCAACCAAGAGAUAUUCUUUCCUUGUUUUGCUGACUUGAGAAAGCAGGGUUUCUGUUUAGGAAGAUUUUACCACGAUGUUCAGGUUCAAAAAAAUACCUCAUGGUAAUAAUGGUGGUAGAAACUCUUAGAUCUCUCCUGUCAUCACGCUGGUCAGACAAAGAGAGAUAAGGUUGUCUGUUCAGCACCUUUCAACAGCAACACAAUUCAAAGUGCUUUACAUAUAACAGAAAAAGGUAUCAGACUAACUAAUUGUCAUUAAAAAAGAUCCACUGUCA